GAGUUCAAUCCAAAUUGAUUAUCAGUCAUCGACAUCAUUUUGAAAAUUCAUAAAUACCUCCAAAUAAUUGAGCGCCAAUUCUCCAUUAUCAACCACUGACGAAGUUAUUGAAGUUCUUAAUCAAACAAGGAGAAAUCUCGUGAAUUUGCUGAACCAAUCCAACACGCCAUUAAUAUUCCUCUCUUCAAUUCGUAAUACCUUUCACUUUCUUCUCUGUCCACUUCCUAAUUUGAAUUUCAUUUCCUCUCUGCCCCAUUACUCUUUCGAAUUAAUCACGUUCUCUUAUGAAAUCACUCUUUAAAUCCCACGAAGUUUCUGAUCCCUGCAACUCCACCGUCCGUCGUUUCCGUUUGGUUGAUAUUUUUCGGGAAGAAGACGAGGGCGGUGACGGGUUUUCUGGGAAUUUGGGUAUGUCCGCCACUCGAGUGCGCGGCUUGUCGGAUGAGUCUGUGAGCAUUGACUGUUUGUCGCCUCGGCGGAUGGUUGCUCGGUGGGUGGCUUCGUUCCGGCGACCGAAGCGGAGGAGAGCGGUUGAGGAGGUUAGGAGAGUGAAAGAGGGUGGAGAUUCUGAUGGUCCGUUGACCUAUUGUAGGUGCUCGAGGAAUGGAGUGGACGGUGGCGCUUCCUCAGCUUCACCGGGAGAGAUUGUAGGGCCAGGACUGAGUAGGAAAGAAGACACAUCAUUCAACUUGGGAGUUGGGUGUAGUUUGUUGUAUCUUGUACUUGCAAGUAAAAAUGAACUUUCGAAGAUGGUAGAUUUGAGGAGAGAAAUGGAACAUUUUCUUCAAGAGAUCAAAGAAGAUCUAGGAAGAAAAGACAAUCACUUCGAGCCAUGCCAUUCAAACGCAGAUGUGGCUUGUUCGUCUACAGAUUGUCAAGACGGUCCUUGUUCUACCAGCCAGCUUUCAUAUCAGCAAGAUUUUUCAUCUCAAAUUGUGUCUGAUGCACAAUCAACUAUACCAAAUCAUUCCCGGAAGUCUUGUCUGUAUGAACAAGCCGGGGAAUGUCAGGAACGAAUCGACGAAUUGGAAUCUGAAUUCGAGGCCGAGUUAGAACGUUUGCAGCUUCACUUGGAAGAUGAAAGUUCUUCUGGACGCAUAGAGCAUCUAAGAAUUAAGACUGCGAAGAACACGAACUCGACAAGAAGCUGCUGUGUGAGUUCUGGUGAAGUCACUGAUCUCCAAGAAGAUGGGACUGAGAGUCAACAAGGAGUGCCGCCUAUAGAACUCGAAAGAAAGUUACAUGAACUGCUAGAAGCAAGGCAGCAAGAACAGAUAAAAGAACUCAAAGAGGCUUUAGAAUGUGCCAAACAAGAGAUUAUUGAUAAGGAAUCUGAAGUUUCUUGGUGGAAAGAAACUGCAAAGGUUAUUUCUAAGCAUAUUCCAUCUCAUUCACGACUUAGACUUGCUUCUCAAUAUGACAAGCUUCAACUACUUGGGUAAGCAUCGUUCUACAAUUUACAAAACUUUUUCGGGGAGAAUGUUAUUGAAACGAUGGCUGAAGCUUUUGGUACAGCUAAACAUGAUUUUUAAGUUGAGAACUAAGUAUAUGGUUGGGAGUGAUUUCUAAAUCAUUAAAAUAAUUGUCAUUUUUAAAAUCACUUCAAAAAUACCUUUAGUCACACGAAAUUUGUUUAAUAUUUACUUCUACUUUCGUAAAUACAAUUUUCAUAUCAACAAAAUUGAUUUUGAAUGGUUAAAACGUGUUUUGAAGUAAUUUAGAAAAUGGUAAAAGUGAUUUUGACCAUCUUAGAAUCACUCCAAUCACGCUUUUAGUCAUUUUUCCCUCUUUUCUCAUCCUCUUCUAAAUAUAUCAAAGUCUUUGUUCUAUAUGGAAAGGAGUGUUAUUCCAAUGCAUAUUUGCUGUGUUAUCUGAGAACCUUUUAGAUUAAUAUCUCUAGACUCCCUAGUUUGUGACUGUUCUGUCUCUUGUCAGCCCAAUAAACAUGGAUUAAACCGAUUGAAAACAAGUUUGAUAUUUGUUUGUUGUGUUCGUGUCUUAGAUUUUCAGAAAGACGGCUUAUUACCAUCUUUAGAAAGAACCUUGUCGUAGUAAUCAUGUUUGCCAUGAGAGAGAAACACAUAUCAUGUACCAUUUUCUAGCUUGUGUCCAUGUCCUUUUUGGAAAUGUUAGAUAACACAAAUUUGUUUACUCCUCACAGUAACUUUAACAUUCUCCCAAAGAGUAUUGUCAACAUGAAGAACAAAUUUGUGUUAUGUCAUAUUUAGAAAAUGGUAUGUCACAAUCUUGGUGUCUAUGUUCUUUACAAAUAGAUGAUAUAUAACAUAGAAUUGAUUUCUUUUUCUAAAUUCAAUUAUACCAAUACUUUAACAA